ACCAGCUAGCACAAAAGUCGGAGAACUGACCAAACUGACGUUUUUAGAUCUUAGAAUUUGUAGUUUAAAAAUGACCACAAUCGAUUUCCGACGAGAAUGGGUGAAAAGAAAGGUGACCAAAUACUUUGGGUUACCCAACGAUUCGUGGUUUGAAUAUAUGAUGGCAAAUACCGACGAUCUGGAGGAUAAUCUGGCGUCUUACUUGGACGAUGACUUUUUCGCUGAUGGUGGUUCCAGAAGGCAGAUCUUCUACGUUUUUAAGACCAAACGUGAUAAAAUCAUCGAAGAAGAGGUCGUAGAGGAAGUAACAGGUAAAUUUUUACAAUUCACAGGAAAAUAUUGGACGCGUAAUACAGGAUGUUAA